AACAACAAGCUUUUGAUGGCUGACGAUGAAGCCCGAAUCAACCAGGUACAGGCCAGGCCAUUAGCAGCAGGCAUGGCCACCGUGCCCCGCCAAGCCCGGGUGUUGAACCUGAGACCAAGCCAGAGUGAGGGCAGUGUCAUUCCUCCUCUCCACUACCCCAACUUCUACUCCCAACACUACCGCAGCAAUGAGCGGUCUGGUGUGGUGGCUGAGGAUUCUUUUGAAGAGGACAACACUUCUGCUUCAUCUGAGCAGGUGGUGAGCUACAGCUACCUGGCUGCACCUCAAGGCCAUAGCCACUUCAAAGAUGUGGUGUAUGGGUCUGGUGCAGCAGCCAAGCCUCCUUCCUCUGACCACAGCUUCUCUGCCAGAUCUCCAACUCUUGGCCAGACACUUUCACUGGAAACUCAGAAAUCUGGUCAUACAGCAGCUCCUGGCCAUGCCUCAGACCAUACUCACCUCAGCACUACACCACCUGUUAUUACUGCCUUCGAGUCCUCAAAAUUAUCUCACAUUUCCCCUUCCUCAUUAGUCCAUUCCUCAUCAUUCUCUGCACCAUCACCUUUUUUCUCCUCAUCCUUCUCACCUUCUGCUCACUCAUCAUCUCUCCCACAACCAUCACUCCCUCCUGCCUCUCCAUUUACUCAUCCUGAAGCCAUAUUUGCCAUGCACCAAACUUCUGCCACAGUUCACCCUGCUGAUCCCAGCCAAUUUAUCAUCAAGGACUCCACUUUCCAGGAGGCUCUGGAAUGUAACUCCCACAGAUGGCAGGGAAACACUGCAUAUCUUCCCUCCCACAACAGCGAUGCACUUAAUGAAUUGGGCCAAGAUAAUUAGUGAAAGCUUUCUGUGUUAAAGAGAUGCAGCUAGUGAGCCAAUAUAUAUACUGAUCGUUCAAUUAAUCCUUUAUGUCAUAAAACUUCUCUGAAAAAAUCUAGUGAAUAAUUCUUCCUCUAUCACUGCACUGUUCUUAAUCUAAAUUACAUAUUAAAACUACACAUGAUAGUGUAAUGAUCAGUAUGCUUGGCUCACAAACCACAUAUAUAUAUAUGCUUGGCUUUGUCUCCAAACUCUCCCCCAUAGAGAGAUUGUAUUAACCUGCAGAAAUAAAGCUAUCAUUCAGGGAAACUGGUUUGUUUGCCAAACAAACAUUACAUUGCUGAAUAUUCUGUGGCACCAAAUGCUUUGUCAGGAAUUGUGGCAAUGAUAUUUCAAUCCUUGUCUUUGCAUCCUACAAUUUGUAUGCUGAACAUAAACCUUAUCAACAAGU